UCCAAAAAGGCUCAUCUGGGAAAGAGAGAGAGGAGAGAGAGAGGAAGCGGGAUGCAACUCAACCUGACGCUGAUCUGCUUCGUCUUCGGGGGGUUCCUGCCCGACGCCGCGGCCCGGCGGGAGCAGAUGGACACGGGGCAGUGCGACCUGCCCCGCUCGCAAGGAGAGCUCAACUCCUUCCUCUGGACCAUCCGCCGCGACCCCCCUGCCUAUCUCUUCGGCACCAUCCAUGUGCCCUACACGCGGGUGUGGGACUUCAUCCCCGACAACUCCAAGGCCGCCUUCCAUGCCAGCUCCAGUGUCUAUUUUGAGCUGGACCUCACCGACCCCUACACCAUCUCAGGCCUGGCCAGCUGCCAGAUGCUGCCCCAUGGAGAGAACCUGCAGGAUGUGCUGCCUCGGGAGCUGUACCGCCGCCUCAAGCGCCACCUGGACUACAUCAAGCUGAUGCUGCCCCACUGGAUGACCCCGGACCAGCGGGGCAAAGGGCUCUAUGCUGACUACCUCUUCAAUGCCAUCGCCGGGAACUGGGAGCGUAAGAGGCCUGUCUGGGUGAUGCUCAUGGUGAACUCGUUGACGGAGACUGACAUCCGCUCCAGAGGGGUGCCAGUGCUUGAUCUCUACCUUGCUCAGGAGGCCGAGAGGAUGAAGAAGACGACGGGUGCGGUAGAAAGGGUUGAGGAGCAGUGUCACCCACUGAACGGGCUCAACUUCUCCCAGGUGCUGUUUGCUCUAAACCAAACUUUACUCCAACAUGAAAGCCUCCGAGCAGGUAGUUUGCAGGCCCCAUAUACCACGGAAGAUCUCAUCAAGCAUUAUAACUGUGGAGACCUGAAUGCUGUCAUAUUCAAUCAUGACACUUCUCAGGUCCCUAACUUCAUCAACACAACGCUCCCUCCCCAUGAGCAGGUGACGGCUCAGGAGAUUGACAGCUACUUCAGACAGGAGCUCAUCUACAAGAGGAAUGAGAGGAUGGGGAGGAGGGUGAUGGCACUUUUAAGGGAGAAUGCAGAUAAGAGCUUUUUCUUCGCCUUUGGAGCAGGUCACUUCCUGGGUAACAACACUGUGAUUGAUGUACUGAGACAAGCAGGAUUUGAAGUGGAGCACACCCCUCCUGGACAACCAAUUGGAAAUUCAAAGACGACAAAGACAAGCCCUGCCUUAGAGGGGUCUUCUGCAACUGCCCUGCCCGCUGUCCAGUUUUCUGAACAGGUUCCACUGACAUCUCCUUCCCUGAAGCCCCUGCAGAUAGAUGAAGAAGACAGCCUAUCUCCUCACCUCCUGCUGCCAGACAGCAUCAGCCAGCUGGAAGAGUUUGGCAGGCAAAAGAAAUGGCACAAAAAGCAGCACAAGCAUCAUCGCCAGAGGCAGUUCAAUGACCUUUGGGUUCGGAUAGAAGACAGUACCACCACAUUGCCUUCCUAUAUCAGGAUAACCAACGGCUACAUCACAGUCAAACCUCCCAUAUGGAUUUCAAACCGACUGGAUCAGAGACCACGUUCAGAUCGACCAUCCCAGCUUCAACCUACAAGCUCAGCUUCAACCACCAUUUUAUGGCCAUCAAUAACUUCUCCUUUCUGUGUGGCCAUAGCUUCUUUUCUUCUGAAUCUACUGCAGCCUUCCUGACCACAUUAGUAUUAUGUGCAAUCCCUUGGAAUAGAGAAGAGAGAUAAUUUAUGAAUUGGAGGUUAUGACAACAACAUUUACAAACUGAACCUUCUCAGUGAAUCAGUAGUGCCUUCUAGCUGAUUUUGUCUCUUUGCCCAGAUACAUUUUGAAACUCUAAAGCUUUAUUGUAACACUGACUUACAUCUUCUUUUUGUAGAAGGAUCUUUAUUUCCCAUAGUGCUAUGGGGUUUUGUAAAAUAUACAUGUUCAUAUAAAGAAAAAAAAGAAAAAGAAAAAAUGUAUUUAUUCGACUAGUAAACUUAUUUUUUCUUGUUGUAUAUGUUAAUAACAUCCCUAUUAAUCAGUAGUGAUGGUGAAACAGAUAAAUUAAUAUUUUCUAUAUUUGUUUUCUAACUGACAACUCUGCAAGUGUCUGAACUGACACCUAAUGAAUGGCUUGUAUGUUACUUUCUACAACAGCUGUCCAAUAAGUACAUUUCUGCUGAAGUUCUUUGUUUUUUUUUUUUAAUUCUAAUUAGCAUAACUUAUUCUGAAUAAAACAGAUGCUGCUCUCUGUGGCCUAUUCCCAUUGGAAAAAUAGGUGAAUUCUUAUCUCAAGUUAGCUACUACAACCUAAAAUCCCAGUUAUUUUUGUAUGACUUAGUAAGUCAUUAGUCAAGAUGACACUCUAAGUUCCCCUGUUGUCUUUAACUCAAUUAUUUAACUUACCACAAAAUUACCGAUUUCCAUCUUUGCUCUGGGAUUAAUUAGCUAACUCAGAUUAAGACACUUUUUUCUAAAUAAAAAUUUCUGUAAUAAUUCUACUGGAGUAAUUCUUUUCUCCCCUUCAGCUAUAUAAACACAAGCCUACAGCUUUCCCCAGCAUAAAUGAGAUUCAAGCUUGGUCUGUUUGUUGGGUAUAAAAAUAUAGUAUCCUGCUAAUCUCUAAAACUUUUUGCACCAGUUAUAUUAAUAUAAAUGGGCAACCUGGAGGGCAGAACAUGUCUAGAAAUUCACCUUGUUAUUAUGACUCUUGGAGCUGUUACCUCAGGGCUGAUUGUGGCUUGUUCAAAAUCUGUUCAAGACAGUAGGUAUCCAGUUAAGCCCUGUGUCAUGGAGACAUACAGAAAGUUCCUCCAUUUGUAGACCUUGGUACCUCUGUUGACCUAGAUGGAAAAGUUAUGACAGCAUACACUCACUGAAAAGCUUUUUCCUUGUCCAAGCGGCUUCUUUUCAUGACUGAGAUGAAGAACAUCUGUGGGAAAAGCCAUGUCCAGUUUAGAAGCUAUUGUGUUUAAUAAAGCAUGUGGAUCUUUCUUUUUUAUCAGUCAUCUUUGAUGAAAAACACCUUUUGAUACAAGAGAUUCAAAUGCAAAAUUAGUUUUUGGUUGAAAUAGUCCAUUUUUUUCAAGCCAUCUACAAAACAGAAAUCCAAAAUAUUUGAUGAAAACAUUAGUUGAAAAGAAGAUUCAGAAAACUAGCAUGCAAAUUGUUUUCUUUUUGAAAUUAUUCAGAUGAUAAUGGUGACAAUAAUACUGAAAACAGUCUGACAAAAAACCUUCAUGUCACCUUCCUGCCAGCCCUAACGCUUGGUCUCCAGGGCUGGCGAUGAUUCCAUGUAAUCUUCAAGACUGCAUGUGGUGAGUCGAGGUUUAGGAUUAUAGAGUUUUUUCUGUCACCAUACCAAUUAAUGCAGGAAAAGAGGUUAGGAAAUAAUCAGAAUUUAAAAACAUGGUUUUCUUUGAAAUCAUGAUAAAAUAUUGAGCUUUUUCAUCGUGCGUUUUAACCCAUUGCUUUAAAAAGGCCAGGGAGAAUACAUAUAACUUCUUGUUGGCUUUUGUUCUAUUUUUAGCAAAAAGAUGUAUAGAUUUGUGGUCAGUUUAAGUGGGUACAGUGCUAUAAGCUAUCCCAAUAUUUUCAUGCACAACAGUCGAUAAGGCUGGAUGGAAAACUUUGAGCUUUGCCCCAAAUGUAAGCUUUAAGCACGUCCUGUGCAUACUUUUGUGUUGUGUAUUUUGGCUAGCAGAAGAUUAGAGAUGUUAGUUUUGGACAGGAGCCAUUCACCUUGCAUAAUAUUUAUUGCACUGGGCUGGAUAUUGGAAACAUAUUUUGAGAACUUUUAUUUCUAUUUGAGCUAUUACGCUAGAAAUGCCUUCAUUUGAAUAUAAUGACUUAACAGACCUUCAAAUUCAACCUUAAUGCAUUUGGAAAAGAUUGACUGUCUUGCUUUAUUCAAGAAAGAGAUCAGAACUGAAUUAUAAUAGAAUUAUUAUGUAUUAGUCCCAAAAAUAGAACUGGAAAUAAGGUAGGCAAAUCUUGAGAGUGAUGGUAAGUUACAUAGUAAAAGGGAACAACCAGUGAACCAAAACCCAUUGAAUAUUUUAUUUGUUACAAUCUUACAGAAUCCAGAAAUGAUUCUGUGGUACCAUCCCAGAAAUAAUUCCAGGUGUUGGAAAACUUACAGUCAUAGUGCAGAAGACCACAUAAAGAUAAGCGAGCGAGAGAGAGAGAGAGAAGAGCAGAAAACAGAAAUAAUUUGUCCACGAUCAUGAGGAAAACUACCAAUAGGACUGAGACUGGGAUUUAUUUCUACUCUUUUCCAGUCUGUGGCCUUCUCCAUAGACCUGUGGGGCUUUUUUGAAUGUAGGAGCACACAGGUGUCUCUGUGCUCACAGCUGUCAUACUACACAACAUAGUCACUCACUUCAUCACUCUUAAAUUAGACUACAAAUCUCCUGAGUGUGGAAGAAUUUCCCUUACCUAUUGCUUGUACAGACUUCUGCCCUGCAGAUGAGUUCUGAGUUACUCCUCCACUGAACAACAAUUUUAAAUACUCGUUAUCUUGAAUAUCACAGCAUGUUUUGCUGUAUCUUGUAGUUUGUUUGGCACUCGGGCAUUUUGUCUGUAAUUCAUGUGAAAUGAAUAAAUGUCUCUGGAGCUCACUGAAUUUAUCCUUGCGCUGGUGCCCAAUGAUGUUUUUCAUGUUGGGAUCUGAGUUUCAGUGCAAGGUCUCUCAGGGGUUUGGAGUCAACACGCUUGACUAAAAAUUACAUCAUCUGAGCUUCCUGCAGGUCAGGGGGAGAAGACAGGGCAUGCACACACACACACACAGUUGUUAUGUAAAAAAGUCAUCAAGGAGGAAGGCAGUACAAUACAAGAUUAACUAUCAGUUCAGGAGCCCGCAUGAGUGGCUUCAGCACAGUUUUCGAACCAGGUGUUCCUUUUAUUUUGUUGUCUUACCCUAAACUAUGACUUAGAAUAACUCAUUUCAAUCCAUGGUAUGUAAGUAUGGCAAUACCAGCAAGUGAGAUCCUCAUUGUGAUAGAUAAAAAUGAAAUAUUUAUUAAUCAGCCACAGCAGACCAGUGUUAAUUCAAAUACAUUAAUACUGGUUAGCAGAGAUCUAUUCACCUUCGCCAAAGUGGAUCAGGUCAAAGACACGAUUAUAUUAUUUCCCUCGUAUUUGAAGAGUGUCUAUAUCAGAUGUGACACACACUUUUAAAGUAAAAUUGGCUACCAGUUUCAUGGAACUUAAGUUUUUUUCUGCUGUUUUUUAAGACACUUGACACUCAAAGCUGUUUAGAAACUGAUUGUUUUCUUUCUUUCUAAGAAAACCUAAGAUUCCAGGAGCAGGAGAGUGUAAAAAAAAAAAAAAAAUCCAUGCCCAGUAAAUCUCUCUUUGAAAGCUGCAAAUGCUGAUGCUACUAUUUACCUGUGGGAAACACACGCACACACUCAACAGACUUAUACAAUGUCUAUCAGUCAAGGACGUGACUUUGAUAUGGUUGAAUCCAAAGCUUAAUGUUCCUAUGAUUCAUUCUUGCAACUGAAACCUCAGCUACAGCUAACACUGAUACAAUUUACAUUAUACAUAACUAUAACAUUAUAAACGAAUACUAAUUGCCUGCCAAACUAUUGCCCUGAUGGAAUAAACUCUAAGAGCAGAACUAACUUCCACUUCUUUCAUUGGUUUCAUGCUUUUCUUGCCUAUGUUUAACCAGAAAUGCUGUAUUAACAUGCAUUGCCACUUGAAGAACCAGUUAGUAAGCUGGGACAGAGGGUAUAUUGUAUUUUAUGCCUGAUGUAGUUUCUCUACAAUCCCUUGAGCUGUUGAAUAAUGCAAUACCGCUUCUGGAAAUAAAGGAUGAACAUGGUUUAUGAUAACUAUGCUUUAUACAGGUGUGAAAAUCUGCUUUGCUGAGCUUCCCUUCCUGUUCCUCCAAGCUCCAGUGUAAUUUAGGAACACCCAAAGUACGGAGUUGUUUAUUUAUCCAAGUUCUUUGAUACACAGUUGCUGAGAGGGAGAAGGAGAGAGUAUAUUUAAUCUAUAUUAAGUGCAUUGAUUAGUCAAAUGAUAUGAUCCAAUCAGUCAUUACCGUACCUCACUGUUGGGGAGGAAUUUCCCAUCAUAUAUUUAGGUUAAAGAAAGCAAAGUACCAAAGUGAUUAUUUCAGCACAAAUGUUAUCUUUCCAACUUUGCUUAGUACCAUAAGAUAUUUCUAGGUUUUUAUACAAAAAAAAGGGGGGGGGGGGGGCUUGAGUCAUCUCUCUGAUGUUAUCCAUGUUCUAUAGCGUGCUAGAUUUCAACUUCAAUUUAAACUUGUUACAGCUAAACUAGAGCAGAAAGCCAGGUGCCCAAAUUUGAGCUCACAGGCACGUGCACCUCGUGUGUGUGUGUGUCGCUCUGUGUGUGUGUGUGUGUGUGUGUGUGUGUGCGCGCGCGCGCGCGCGCGUGCGUGUGCACGUGUGCGUGUGUGUGUGUGUGUAUGUUGUCCCAGCCCAAAAGCAACCAUUCCUGUGACUAGCUUUUCACAAGGCACCUUAAUCUAGCUAAAACCAGUGAGAUUUUUUUUUUUUUUCCACCAGAUACUUUUCUUGUGCUGGAAUGAUUAACCAGACUGCAGACUCAUAUUCACACUGAAUUUUAAAUCGCAUGUUUGUCAGUUUUCAAUUCAAAUGUAUGUCUUCAAAUAUUUUUUUCCUGUCCCACCUCCUGCUUUUGUGAACUGUUUUGAAGAGUGUAAUU